GAAAAUCAAGAAGAAGAAAUUUUAUUUUAAGGUUAUCAAAAGUGAAAAAGCAGGUGGUGUUGUUUGUUUACUUUUGCUUUUGGUUUAAAAGUUGCAGAAAGUAGUGAUUAUAGGACAUUUUGUAACGGUCAAUAAUAAAAAUGGGAAAGGUAAAGCAGAAUAUAGAAAAACUAAAACAUCCUAACAGUCGACAAACCAAGAUGUUAGCAAAACAGAUCCAAAAAAAGAAUUCUAGAGACAAAGGUAAAUUGGCCACAACCUUAAAGUUAAAUGCAGUAGGCGAAAAAUGUAAAUGGUUUGGCUCGAUGUUGGAUCCACAAUUUACAAAUUUGACUCCAGGUGGUUUACACAAACUGAUAGAGCAGUAUUUAUCUAGAUUUGAUGAAGAAAUGGAACAAAUUAAGUUAAAACAUUCAAUAGGAAACCGAAAAAACAGACAACAUGCAAAUAGGGAAGACAUAAUAAGAAUGACCAUUGAAAGAGAAAGAGGGGAUUUUAAUACAUGUGGAAUUGAACUACCAGAUGUGUUUGAUAUUAAUCAAUUCAACUACCUCCAACAAUGGAAGGGAGAACUUAGGUAUUUGCAAAAUUUUAAAUUCAAAAAAUUUAAUAAGAAAUAUUUAGAAGACGAAGAAGAAAAACGACAGAAAAAUGCAAAUAUCAUGGAAUAACUAGCCGAUUUUUGUUAAAGUAAAUAAUUUAAAAUGUGUACAUAUAGAGAUAGGUUUGUUUAAAACUGUUCUUUUAUUAAAGUUACCUGUUAGAUAUA